AUGUCUGGAGCCGUCUUGGCGGAGAUGCUGGAGAAGAUGCGCGUGCGGGACAGCGAUGAUGCCCGCACCGUGCUCAGCAAGAAGUUGUCGUAUGUCCUACGUCAUGGAGCCAAACAGCUCGAUCUUCCCAUUACAGACGGAGGCUUCGUGGCGCUCGCCGACCUGUUGGCGAUUGAGCCACUUUUCGGCGGUGUAAAGACAGAGGACGUGUUGGAGGUCGUGGAUGCUUCGAACACCGAGAAGCAGCGGUACGAGUUGAUGCAGCAAGACGACGACUGGCUCAUCAGGGCCACCACCAAGCACACGAUGGAGGGCAUCCAGGCGCCCACGGCAAAACCGAAGAAGUCGCCCAAGCGAGCGAGCAAGGAUCGCAGCGGGCGCUUUUUUCCGACCGACGAAGAGGAGUUCUGCCAGACAUGGAGGCUGGACCGAAUGGCUCGGCAGAGACUCAGCGAGCUGCCAGAAGCAA